UGGGUGGAGAGUGAGUGUGUCUGCUGACGUCCAUUGCGAGCAUCACUGCAUCCAACAUUUAUCCCAACAGCCGACUCCACCUCUCCAAAACGGAAAAAAAAAAACUAUAAUUUAUUAGGAUUAAAUAAGAAUCAAGCUCCGUUUAUUGUAUUGGUUUUAUUUAUAGUUAAAACAAUGGAGUUAUACGGAAAGAUGGCUGCUACGCAAGACAACAAACAAAAGGAGAACCCUGAUCAAAACUUUGAUUACAUGUUCAAGUUGUUGAUCAUUGGGAACAGCAGCGUUGGAAAAACAUCCUUCCUCUUCCGCUAUGCUGAUGAUACUUUCACAUCUGCCUUUGUCAGUACGGUGGGCAUCGACUUUAAGGUCAAAACUGUCUAUAAGAACGACAAAAGGAUCAAGCUUCAGAUCUGGGACACAGCCGGGCAGGAAAGGUACAGGACUAUCACCACUGCUUACUACAGAGGAGCCAUGGGCUUCAUCCUAAUGUAUGACAUUACUAACGAGGAGUCUUUUGCUGCUGUACAGGACUGGGCGACCCAGAUUAAGACAUACUCUUGGGACAAUGCCCAGGUGAUCCUCGCAGGAAACAAAUGCGACAUGGAGGAGGAGAGGAUAGUCUCUGUGGACAGCGGGAGACUGCUAGCAGAACAGCUGGGAUUUGAGUUUUUUGAGACAAGCGCAAAGGACAACGUCAAUGUCAAGCAGACUUUUGAACGCUUGGUGGACAUCAUUUGCGACAAGAUGUCAGACACACUUGAGGCCGACCCUGCCGUUACCACAGGAACGCCCACUACCAGACUGACGGACAACCCGACACCCCCGCAGCAGUCUGACUGUAGCUGCUAGUGUUCACCGAAUCACCGUCCAGGCCGUUCGCUUCUGUGGCUCGAGCGCUGUUGCCAAGCUUCUGUCUUCUGACACAGAAUAAGUUACUGAACCUCAAAUCUUUGACCUGGCUUUAACUCCUAGUUUUUUGAUGUUAAUGACAUAGCAAACUAGCAAGAUUGUGCCAAACACAAGUGUCAAACCUUGUCCUUCCUUUAUGCCAUUAUACCAGUACACAGGUCUUUUUUUCAGGGGUUGUUAGUGUCUGUAUUCCCUGCACUGCAAUAUCUCUCCUAUUUGUCAUUUUAGCAAAAGCAGAAAUGAGUUGAACUUUAGAUGCUCCGCAAUCAUUCCCAUGUCUCUCAGGGGAAUUAUAAACUUCUGCAAAUUUAUAAAUUCUAUACUUGUCUAACUUAUGUGUAAUAGAUUGAGAGGAUGUUGUACUCGUAUUUUGCCGGUGAGUCAGUUGGAUAUGUUUGUGUGUGACCGUGUGUACGGAAAAUGACUGCGAAAGCUAAAAAAGUAGGAGAAAAAUAAACGUGGCCUUGAAGUGGUUCUCUCGUCUAGAUCUAGUCUUUCACAUGGUCCCGUACAGACAGCUGCCAUUGAGUCUGUAUCUUCAUUCUUUUAUUUAAAAUAAAAUAAAAUAUAAGAAUAACAAAUAAAAUAAUCAAUAAAAUGGUUGAACCAGGGUUGUUAUAGAAA